GAAGGCGGGGCCGAGGACGCCGCUCGCGGCUCCGGCUCCGCCCACCCGCUUUGACCUCCCUACUUGCAGCUCUACCCCGAGUCUGGGAUCGGUGGGCGGGGCCGAGAAAGGUUUCGGCGUGGCCCCGCCCACCUGCGCUUAGCUCCUCUCAGGUUCCCGGGGCGGGCUACAACGCUUUGCUGUACACUAUGGCCGGUUUCCUGGCGUUAUUGGGCCCUGUAGGCAGAAUGGGUGCCCGGGUGCGGCUUCCCGCCACCUGGGUCCUCCGUGCCACCACCCCCUGCGCUCCACAGCCCCUGUUACUGCCCCUACUUCUCCGAGAGCCAGAAGAUCGGCUGCUGCGCACAGUCCGCGGGUUCUGCCAUGGCCACCAGGACCCCAGCAAAAUCACUACCACAACAGGAAGCAAUGCCAGCAGAACAGAGGAAAAAAAGCAAAGCAAGUCACAGCAGCUAAAGAAGGUUUUUCAAGAGUAUGGUGCUGUUGGUGUGUCACUGCACAUUGGAAUCUCAUUAAUAUCCUUGGGCAUAUUUUACAUGGUGGUUUCAAGUGGUGUGGACAUGUCUGCAGUUCUGCUUAAACUCGGAUUUAAAGAGUCACUGGUCCAGUCAAAAGUGGCAGCAGGCACAAGUACCUUUGUGGUGGCAUAUGCCAUCCACAAACUGUUUGCUCCAGUGAGAAUCAGCAUUACCUUAGUUUCUGCACCCUUAAUUGUCAGAUAUUUUCGGAAAGUGGGAUUUUUUAAAUCUCCAACUACAAAGCCUUGAUGAGCUGCAGACCUGAAAACCUGUUUCUUUUAAAUUACAUUUUCUGGGUUGGUUUUAGGAUUUUGGGGGGAGGGCCAGGGGUAGUUACUAUGAGCUAAUGAAUGCUUUGCCUUUACUAGCAAAAGUCAGGCAUUUAAUAAUCAUCAUUUUGCUUUUUAAAUUUUGGUAAGGCUAUUUGUCAUAGAGCCUGUAUACAUACCCUAAAAUGUCAGCAAAAGAUCACAAAUGAGCUAUAAUCUCAAACUGUACUAUUAGCCUAAGAAAUAGUCCUUCCAGAAGAUUGUUAGUGAGGGUAUGUCUACACAAGUCCUAAGAGAGAAAUCUUUGCUUUGGUUUAUAAAGGGCAACAAUUAAGUUUAUUUUUUAAAUUCCCUUUCCUCCAAUAUUGGUUAAGCUGCCUGCAGUUUAAUAUGCAAUAUUCUGCAGAACUGCUGCCAGUGCUACAAUUAACAGACUUGACAAUAUGUACUCUAAUUAAUAUCAACACUUUGACAAUGAUUCCACUUGUUUGAGGAAAAGCAAGUACUUCUGCUAUGUUCUACUGACCCCAAUAUACCUUCAACUAUGGACAUAAGGUCUCCCUUUGACAGUUCUACUUGAAUUUCAUUAAAGUUGGUCAGGGCACCUUGUCUCUGUGUAGGUUAAUUAUGAAACCUUAUCCAGUAGUAAUGGCACCCCUUGGCCUCUAACAACCAUAUUCAUAGGGAAUAUGGAUGCUGAACAAAUGAAAUACUAAGACAGUCUUCACUUAUCCUUCUACAUCUCAGACUUUCUGAUAUUCUAGAACCACUGUCACAUGUUUACAUUAUAGUUACUUUUUUUUAGUUUAAAUUAUGUAGGCUUAAAGAAAAAUAUUGUUAUUCUCAUAAAAGCAAAUUUAGUAGCAAUAAGUGAAACUGAAAUAGUAAAGGUAGGUGGGAAGAAAGACAGGUAUCGUUCUACUGAGCCAAUCAGUUUAUAUGAUAAAGGGUGUGCAACCUGCAAUCCCUUACUUUGUUAAGAACACUAGAUAAUAGAAACUCAAGCACAGACCUAAAAUUGGACAUUCUUGAAAUAGUAUUUGAAGGAAUUCCUUCUUACAAAAUUAGGCACAAAUUCAUGCCACCCUCUGGCAGACACUAUUAUACAUUUUUCAGUCGGGUAACCCUAGUUUAAACCUGCAGUCCUGUUAGAGAGAAUUACACUUAUUUUUCUGGUCCUUGGUUUUUAUAGUUACAUUUGUGACAAUCAGAAAAAGAGACUAUAAAUUGGCCAUCUUGGUUUUACUUAAAUCCGAUGUGGAGUUAGCUGUUAGUCCACUGUAACCCAUGGCAAUCAGUUCUUUCAGUUAGAUUUUAUAAUUUUUGCAAGGUCUCUUAAAGCAAUCAGCCCAUUACUAAAGGUUUUCCAGAUUCAUAGUUGGAAUUGUAUUUCUGGGACCUAAUUCAGAGGUUAUCUGUAGAGCUGAGUAGUGCACCAUGCCAGUCAGACCACCAUUUUCAUCUUUAAACAAUUGGUUAGGUUACAAUCUGUCAGUCUCCCUUCCAUUCAGGUUCCUAGUAAUGUCCUUUAAAAAAAAAAGCCAAGUGAUUUCUACAGUUAAGGGCUAAAAUCUUAAACAAGUUUUGAGUAAUGUGAAUGGGCUGAAAUGGACAGCAAUAAAACUAUCAUCAGAUAGAAAUUGUGUUCUUGACCAAGCCCCAACUCCAUCCCACUCUGGUGGCCAGUUGUCAAAUCAAAUGAACUGGAUAGGAUGAGCAGCUCAACAGAUCAGGGAACAAAUAUGUGAAUUCACCAGCAAGGUGUACAAGUUGCUUGUAUUUAUAAUGUUUUUAUUGACCUAUGGGGAUAAAACUGAUUAUCUAUUUUACAAAUAUGUCAAUGUUCCCCCUCUAAUUUUUUAUCUGAUAAAAUGAACAGCUUAAAUAAAAUUUAUAAAUAUA